ACGCGUUCCAAUCCGAUCCGAUCCGCUGCCUUAUCGCAGGAUAAUCUAACGCUGAUUAGGCGCAUUGUAGCGAUUAUCAGGUCGUACGAUUGAAAUCGGAUUGUGCCAAAGUUUACCACUAAUUCAAUUCAUUCGAGUUCAAGCAGCGCUGCAGCUCGCACGGGGAUCCAGAAAAGUGUUUCAAAAAUCCAACCCAAGGAUGACAGUCGAAGUAAAUAAAGGACCCGUGGUGGGCAUGCGGCAUGUCCAGGCGCUGCUCAUCUUUCUCAACAUCACCGUCAUGUACCUGGGACGCCUCAAUGUCGGCGUCUCUGUGGUGGCCAUGACCAAUGCAGAGUCCACGAAUCCCAAUUAUCCAGAAUACGACUGGUCCGAGUCCCAGAAGGCCUUGAUCUUGUCCAGCUUCUUCUGGGGCUACAUUGUCACCCAGUUCGUUGGCGGCUAUCUGUGCAAGCGUUUCGGCGUGAAGACUGUGAUGCUGUGGGGCUCCUUUGCCUCGGGCGUUACCAGCGCGCUGUCUCCGCUGUUCAUUGGCUUUGGCGGCUGGCAGGCGUACUGCGGCAUUCGUGUCCUGAUGGGCUUCGCCCAGGGACUGCUCUUUCCGUGCAUUCAUCAGCACUUGGCUCGCUGGUCGCCGCCAGCGGAGCGCAAUCGCUUGGGCGCCCUCAGCCACACGGGCAUCGAGUGUGGCAAUGUGUGCGCCAUGUUCCUCAGUGGCAUGAUAGCCAAGAGUGCCAUCGGCUGGCCAGGCAUCUCGUAUGUGUCUGCGGGCGUGGCCUUCGCCUGGUGUGCCCUCUGGUUCGUGCUUGCCUCCGACAAUGCGCCCGAAUCGCGGUUCAUCGGUGCCGCCGAGCUGCACUACAUUGAGUCGUCGCUGAAGCACAGCGAGAACUACCACAGGAAGGUCAUUCCCAUACCCUGGUCCGCCAUCCUCAACUCGCUGCCGGUGCUCGCUCUGCUGAUCACUCGCUGCUGCGAGUCCUAUGGCCUGAGCACGCUGCAGGCCGAGAUUCCCUCCUACAUGAACGGCGUCCUCGACAUGGACAUCAAGAGCAACGCCUUCUUCUCGGCCCUGCCCUUCCUGGCCAUGUGGUGCAUGUCCUACGUGUAUCUGAUCACCGCCGACGUGCUCCUCAGUGGCAACCGGCUGUCCCUGACCGCGCUGCGCAAGACCUUCAAUUCGCUGGCCUUCUGGAUUCCCUGCGCCACGCUCAUUGGCAUUGGGUUCCUCGACAAGGACCAGAAGACUCUCGCCAUUGUGCUGAUGACCAUCAGUGUGGGAUUCAAUAGUGGCGCCACCAUUGGCAGCUCCCUGAACACCAUCGAUCUGUCGCCGAAUCACGCCAGCAUAGUCAUGGGCAUUGUCAACACGGCGGCGAAUGUGGUGCCCAUAGUCACGCCCCUCGUUGUGGGCGUCAUCGUCAAGGACACGGCCGAUCGCAGUCAAUGGCAGAUUGUGUUUGCCAUUGCGGCGUUUCUUUUCUUCGUGGGGAAUUGCAUAUUUUUGGCCUUUGGUUCGGCCGUGGCCCAGCCCUGGGAUGCCGAAGACUUUCUACAGCCGGCUGGUCGUGCGGCCGAAGAGCUGGCCGAGGGCAAGCCGAAGGCAAUUGACGAAAAGUCCAGAUAGCACAUGGAACUCUUCCGACUCUCCAGAACCCGAUGGCAUUCCUACACCUCCUAAUCUUUGCACACUCGAGCUCCGUCCGGCCCGUGGAGCUUUUGCUCAGACGGCGAGUGCUCCACGACGAGUGGGGGAAUCACUCGAGUUUCGAAUAGCUAGAAGUUGCUUGGUUUGGCUCUAGAUUAUAAUUGUUUAAAUAUGUAUCAUAAAGUUCAAUAAAUUCGAUGGA